GGAAAAGCUGAAGCGGCGCGGUGACGUCAUACGCCGGAACGGUGCUAAGGCGGGAGGAAGACGCUCGUCGCCGGAGCUGCUUGUAAGGAGACACGAUGAGCAAAGCACAUCCGCCAGAGCUGAAGAAGUUUAUGGACAAGAAGCUGUCAUUGAAAUUAAAUGGUGGCCGGCAUGUCCAAGGAAUCUUAAGAGGAUUUGAUCCAUUUAUGAAUCUUGUAAUAGAUGAGUGUGUGGAAAUGGCAGCAGGAGGACAACAGAACAACAUAGGGAUGGUGGUAAUACGUGGAAACAGCAUCAUUAUGCUAGAAGCUUUGGAACGAGUAUAAACAAACCAGUGGAACCAGCUACAAUGUGGACAUUUGUUUUUGUAUUGUAGAUUUUACAGGCAUGACACAUUCUUUGUGAUUUUUUUUAAAUAAAUUGUUAAAAUUGGA